ACGAUCACGAUCUCUUAAAUUUUGAUAGCGUGAGGUUGCAUCUCGAUUCUCGCUUCUUCCAAACCUUUUUCACAGAUUUUUUUAGUAAUUUCAGGUUAAAUCUUUCCAGAGAGCUCUGUAGUUCGACCCGCUAGCAGUUUUUUACAUUGGCUAGUAGCAAAGCAAAAAGCAAUCAUGAACCGAAGAAUGGGUGGUGGUAACCGUCUGGGUGGCAAUAAUCGCCCCAAUUUUUCCCAGCAGCCAUUCCAUUCGGGUGGCGGUGGCGUCAACCCCUGGCAAGGCGGUGGCGGGAAUCAAGGCGGAUUAAUUCCUCAAUUAUCGAAUCAGUCUCUGGCUCUGGCUUUAACCAGUUUGCUUCAGCCUCAGCAACAGCAGCAUCAUCAACAGCCUCCGUCCCUUUUAUCUCUCAAUACCGCAGGGGGUUUCUCUAACAAUUACGGUAAUCGUUUUGGCGGCGGCGGCAUUAGCCGAAACCGCGAUAUCAGACGCCACGAGCCCUACAACAAGAAUCGUGGAAAUUUUGGACGUAAGAGGUCACCUCCAAGAAAUCAAAAAGGUAACCAGCAGAAGAAAGCUAAAACAGAUGGAAAGAAGAAAGAUGAAAAGAAGCCUGAUGGAACAACUACUGGUGAAGAGGAAGAAAACACUGACUCCAAGCGCGACUGGAAAGAUGAGAAAAACGGCGAGUCAAAAGAAGGAGGGGAUGCUGAAAAGGAGCCAGCCAACAAGGAAGGCAAAUAUGCAGGUGUACCCUCCAAGUAUCUAAACUGUUUUGUGUGCAACAAGCAGAUGUGGGAUGGGGAAUCCAUGGCCAAGCAUGUCCGCGGUCGUGCCCAUCAUGAAAUGCUGAAAGCACUGGAAGAGAGCAUUCACAUUUGCGUGAACAUUUUAAGAGAAAACCUGCGUUUGGCUGAAGAGCGCAAAGCUAUAGAGUACAACAGGCAAAAUCGUCAAAGGAAAUUUAGCCAGAGACGCGGCGAACCUCCCAUGAGCCAUUGCGCCAUGUGCGAUCUCAAGUUUAUGGGCAAAAUUGUUAUUCACCGCAGAGGUGAAGGGCAUCAGCGUUUGAAGAGGUACUUGCACCCCACUUGUCGGAUGUGUGACAAAGAGUAUCCCUCUAGAAUUGAAUGGAUUGAACAUUGCUUGACACCUGAGCAUUUGAAACGAGUUCAUGAGUCUACAGAGAAGAAACUUGGUGGCAAAGAUGGAGAUGAAAUCGUCGAAGGUGGUGAAAAUGAGGAAGAAGAGCCAGAAACUGAGAACAAUGUUGAAUUAAAUUUGGAUCCAUUGCUAGAUGAAACUCUCAAUAUGGAAGGUGAAGAUGUCAUUCUGGAAGUAGAUGAUAAUCUUGAAAAUCUGACCAAUCGUUUGCCAGCUUAUAAGAAAGACAGGCCUUUGGCUACCAAUAGUCUCUCCGAAUUUGUUGGUUGGAAGUGUGACUUGUGUCACAGGAGUUUUGCUGACCAAGACGAUGCUGAUGCUCAUUUAAAAACCAAAAAGCAUUUCUAUCGCUUUAUUGAGGUGAUCAAGGAAAAACAUGAUAGAGAAGAAAAAAGGAAGAAGGCUGAAAAGGAUGCUGCUCUGAAGGCAGAACGGGAAGCAAAAAUUAAAGAAAAUGGGGAAAAAGAAGGUGAAGUUGCUGAAGAAGUUGCUGAGGAAGGUGGUGAAGAAGCUGAAGGUGACCAAGAGAUGUAUGAUCCGUCUGAGGCCACAGAAGAAGCUCCCAUCAAGGAAGAAAAAGUUGAAGAUUCAAUGGACACUUCUGUGCCUGAAGAAAAGCUCAAAGAGGAUCAAGAGGUAACAAAGGCAACUCCUCCAGUUACUCCUAGGGUAACAAGGAAAACUCCUGCGCCCAAGAGCAAGCGCGGGGCUAAAAAAUAAGCAACUAUUCCCAAGAUUUUUGCUUCUUAAAAUUUACUUUUUAUUAUUUAGAUAUUAGAUAUAUGCGUAUUUUGUAUUGAACUCUUAAGUGUUGGCUAACCAAUAGUUGGUAAUCAAAUUCUUAUUAGAUAAAUUGAAUGUUAUCUAUGAAAGCUGGUUAGUUGUGUUAAGUCACAGCCCUCUACACUUACAAGCCAUGAAGUUGGAAAUAACGGCAACGUCGCGUAUGGUGCUAUUUUGCUAUUGAGGUUAUAUGUUUCUGUGUAUUGUUUUCAUUGUUUAUUGCUAGAGUGAGGUGCAUUUUCAAACGAAAAAGUGGCUAGAAACACCAAUAUAUUGUUUACUUACUGUUUAUAUUUGGUUCAUACCUGUUAUGCCAUUAUUAGUUGUGUUUUGAUUGUGAAUUUAUAGCAAAUACUGCAAUCGGUACAGGAGCAAAAAUUAAGGUGAGUUAAGGUAAAAGCAAAUAAAAACAAUAUAAUAUUUGUUUCCACUUUGCAAAGUGCAAGACCACAUGUAUAGGUCUCGAUAUUAUUAUUAUCCAAGAUAUUUAAACUUCAGAUGCCAAGAAACUGCUGUGUGCCGAGGUGCAAAUCCAACUAUAGGAGUUCCCUGAAGACUGAGGAACUGCAAACAACAUUUUCAUUUCCAAAAACUUCCGAAUUACAGAAAUUAUGGCUAAAAGCUAUACACCGAGAUAAUUAUACGGUAACAAAAAAUUCUGUAGUGUGUGCGAAACAUUUUGAAAAAAAUGAAAUCAUUAGAUUUGAAACAUACAAAGAUAAAGAAGGAGUAAGUCGAGAACACAAACUUAAACGUCCAAUCCUUAAAAGCAACGCUGUACCACAUAUUUUCGAAAACCAGCCCAAAUAUUUAAAUAGACCUGCCCCUACCAUCCGAAAAAAUCCUGAAGCUAGAAAAAGUGAUAUUGUUAAAAGACAUACCGAAACUGUAGAAAAUUAUCUUCAAAGUGAUCUGAUUCCAAGCUUUGAAAAUUUUGUAAAACUUCUUGAAACUAAAAUAACUCUGAAUAAAUGGCAAUGUAAAGUAUCUUCGACAUUUGUACAUUUUUAUAUGUUAAAUAUUGAUCGUGAUGGAUAUGACUGUGAUAUUGAAAAUUUGAAAAUUGUUUCCAGUGUAAGUGUUAGCCAAGAAUUAGUGGUAAGUGUUUUUGUUGGAGACAAUGAUAUUACAAGUAGUGACCUUAUGUGGAUUCUACCGAGUAGUAGAAAACUCAGUAGGUGGUCCCAAAUAGAAAAUUUAUUGACUCGAUACACUUUUGUUAAUGACAUUUCUUUAGAUUCAAUUUAUUGUUUUUAAAAAGCUCAGUAUUAUCUUCAAGAAGGUAUCAAAAAACUUGAUGAAGGUUGUGAGUACAAAAACUUAUUAGGAAUAUUAUUGAAUCAACUCUUUUUACUUGAUUGUAAAAAGAAAAGAUAUAGCAUGCCAACUAUGUUGUUUUCACUUAUUAUUUUUUGUCAGUCAUCAUCUACCAUACCUUCAUUUUUGCUCCUGUACCCAUUUGCUAAAAAAUUGCAAUCAAAGCACAAAGGAACAGGUAUCAACUAAAUAUGGGCAAUAUAUUGGUGUGUUUCUAUCCACUUUUUCGUCAAUAAUGCCCACAAAAAUACUAAACUGCAACAAUACACAAUGAAAGCAUUACACAGAAACACAUAACAAAAUAGCACCAUACGCGACGUUGCCGUCAUUUCCAACUUCAUGGCUUGUUAAGUAUAGGAGGCAGUGGCUGUGGUUAAGUGUAUUUUACUUGUGGAAUAUUUUUUUUUACAUUAUUUUAAGUUACGAUUCAAUGUAGUUUGUAGAAUUUUCCAAUAAUCUUUUGAUUUUAAUAAACUUUAGACGGUGUAGUGUGAG